AAUAAAUACAUAUACAUAACAUAUAUAUAAACAGUUUUGACGUGCGUUUCUCUAGUGAUAACAGAACUUUUUUAAUUCCCCCACCCCCCGAAUAAUUUGCUGAAUAUUUACAACAAUUCAUCAAGUGCUGUGACAAUAAAUACAACAACAAAAACAUCAAUAAACAUUUACAACUAUAGCAAUGUAAGCCAAGCUGCAUGCAGCCGAAAAAAAAACUUCGAGUACAGUUGCAUCAAAAACUUAUUUCCGCAUACAGUUAUAAACAGAGAGUGGAAGAGUAAGAGAUAUAUAUUUGAUAUCUAGUUAUAAUGGCGGAGUGCUCGUUUGCCAGAUGCCAGCAGGAGCGUCGCCUCAUCAAGCGGGAGCUAAUGAAAUGGUCUAAGGAUAUGCUGCACAUUGUGGGCUUAGAACGUGUCGCUGAGGAAUUCAUGGGUCGCAGGAAAUGGAAACAUUAUCAAGAUCAACUGACGCGCAACCAAUUGAAUAUUGCAGAGCAACAGCCCAUAUCAAUAAUAGAAGCAGAAGCAGAAGCAGAAGCCGACGAGAGCAACAACUGCAAACCACUGAACCACCGUUUCGAGCAGCCCAACGGCCAACAUUUCCACAACAACAACAACGGCGCACUGCAAUUUGAAAGAGAUUUUGACAACAACCAUACAUCACAAGAUAACGACUCAAGUGCAACAUCACGUAGCUCAGGCUCACCAUCACCACCGCCAGAAGAACCCAACGAUUGGACACCGUCUGAUAAGUGCGAUUUCUGUGUUAACGGUCGCUUGCUAACGGUGAACACCAAAGGCGAAUUGGUGGCCGAAACAACGGCAAACAACGUGUCCACCGCCAUCAGCAGCAACAGCAACAGCAACAACAACAACAUCAUCUACAACAACGGCACAGCUGCAGUGCAGCAGCAGCACGACAGCGACAGCAACUCGAGCGCAUCGCUGCACAACAACAAUAAGAACACUAUUAAACAUAGAGUAAACAAUAACAACAACAACAACUACAACAACAGCGCCACAACAACAGCAAUUGGAACAGCGCCAGCUUCGAAAGAACUUUACAAGCUGCUGAGCCAGAAUUUAGCCAAAAUGACAUCGAUGGAAUCAAUGGCCGCCAAACUGGCACAAUUCACCGUUCAGUUUGCCGACUUUAAUUUGAUCAGCACACUGGCCAAUCAACAACAACAGCAACAACAACAGCAGCAGCAGCAACAGCAACAGCUUGCUAAUUUGGUAACACCAACUACCUCAGAUGCAUCGGCAGCGGCCGCAAGUCCCACACUCAAAGAUACUCCGAGUCCCAGUGCAGAUGCCCCAUUGGAUCUAAGCAGCAAACCAUCGCCAAAUUCAUCCAUUAGCGGCGACAUAAAGCCAGUCAGAGCACUCUUCGACUCGGUGCCCUCGUCGAUGGGCAGACACAGCUACAGCCAGGAGGAGCUGAACAGUGCGCUCCAAGAUGUGGUGGCCAACAAGUCGGCGGGCACACGCAAAGCGUCCAGUCAAUACCUCUUGCAGCGCUCUGUGUUGCGCAACAAAAUGGACAACAUGUCGCUGAGCUCGAAGCAGACGCACGGAGUGAAGCUGGAGGAGCAAGAGGAUUCCGGCGACGAGGUCAACGAUGCCGAUAGCAAUGGCUCUGGUGCAGCGUCAGGUUUCCAAGAGUUCGCCCAACGCAUGGCUGCGAACAACGAGCAUCUGCGUAAGCUGAGCGGCAUGUCCGAGCACAAUGGCAGCGAUCUGGGUGACGACCUAGAGCCGGGAAUGUCGCCGAAGCUGGCGAGGCCUCAAAGCGGUGGCACGCCGACAGCAACAGCAGCUGGCGGUGCCGUUGGCAUGCCGGUGCCGAUUGAUGUGAAUGUGUUGCUGCGCACGCUGAUGCUGGCAGCGGGCAUUGGGGUGAUGCCCAAGCUGGACGAGACACAAACGCUGGGGGAUCUGGUCAAGUCGCUGGUGUUGGCCAACAGCGGUGGCUUGUUGAACGACAGCCUGGUGAAUGCUGUGGCCGCUGGCCACGAGAUCAACGGCGACCAGCGUCUGCUGCAGCAGCAGCAUCAACAGCAACAUCACCACCACCAUCAGCAACAGCAACAGCAGCAGCAUCAGCAGCAACAACAACAGUUGGCCGCUGUGGCCGCCUUUCGUCGUCACAUACCAAAGUCUGAAACGCCAGAGACGAACUCCUCGCUGGAUGCCAAUGAGAUGUGCGAGGAUCCCAUCUUGAAGAUUCCGUCCUUCAAAGUGAGCGGCGCUGGCAACAUAUCGCCGCCGUUGCUGCCGCAACACAACAACAGCAGCAGCAUGAGCAACAACAACAACUCGAUGAGCAAUCGCAAUGGCGAUCACAGUCCACACUCGGCCUCGCCCAUGCUGGCAGCAGCCGUUGCUGCCGCCGCCGCCAACAACAGCUACCGGCAACAGCAGAACAGCGGCAGCAACAGCGGUGGCGGUGGCAGCAGCAAUCUGUUGUCGCCAUCACCGACAUCCAUACAGAAAAUGAUGGCCACGUCCAUACAUCGCAAGCUGAACGAGCAGAGCAGCCAGGACAGUUUGCUGCGCAACAAUGGCAACACCAGCGGCAGCGAAUGCAGCAGCACCGGUGGCAGCAAUGGCAAUGUGAGCCUCAGCAACAACAACAAUGGUAGCAACAGCAGCAACAGCUACAAGAAACCGAGCAUUUCGGUGGCCAAAAUCAUUGGCGGCACGGACACCUCGCGUUUCGGUGCCUCACCCAAUAUGCUCGCCCAGCCCCAUCACAGCCAUCUGCCCGCACAUCAUGCAGCGGCCGCAGCAGCCGCCGCGGUUGCCUCGCAUCAUCACAGCCAACAUCAGCAACAGCUGAGCGCAGCGGAUGCGGCACUCGGAAAGGGCACGCGACCGAAGCGUGGCAAGUAUCGCAACUACGAUCGCGAUAGUCUGGUGGAGGCGGUGAAGGCGGUGCAACGGGGCGAGAUGUCGGUGCAUCGAGCGGGCAGCUAUUACGGCGUGCCACACUCAACGCUCGAGUACAAGGUGAAGGAGCGUCAUCUGAUGCGACCCCGCAAACGCGAACCGAAGCCACAGCCCGAUCUCGUGGGUCUCACGGGUGCUGCCAACAAAGUGAAUGCCAAUCUCGCCGGACUCAAUCAUCUCGACAAGCUGAAGGCGGGCAACAAUGCGGCGAACAGCAGCAGCAACAUCAACAACAACAGCAGCAGCAGCAGUUCGGGUUCAAAGCUGAGCAAUGCUCUCAAGAACAACAGCAGUGCUGCUGCCGCAGCGGCAGCUGUCACUGCGGCCACAUCGAAUGGCAUGAAGUUGUCCAUGUUUGAGGCGCCACCGCGGCUGCCGUUUCAAUUCUGGGCGGCACCGAAUGCCGGCGCCAACUAUGGCCUGGACUUCAAUUGCAAUCCCGAUGUCUUCAAUCAUCAGAUGAAUGCCAUCGAGUACGCCGAGAAUGUGUACGGCAACAUCAUACGCAAAAAGCUGGAGAACGAGAGCGAUCCUGGGAGCAAUGUGAGUGCUGGCAAUGGGAAUGGACAUGCGCUGCUCGAUCAGCUGCUGGUGAAGAAGACGCCUCUCCCAUUCACCAACAAUCGCAGCAACGAUUACAGCGCAGCAGCAGCAGCAGCCGCUGUGGCUGCAGCCAACGUUUGCGGCAGCAGCAGCAGCAACUCCGAGGGCAUCAAGCGUGCUGGCAGCCCGAUGGGCGUCUAUGCGGAUGUCAAGCGUGAGCGUCUCAGUCCCAUGCGUGGCAUGGAGAGCGCCAGCAGCGAUGAGGAGCAUGUCACCAGCAAAAACAUUAACAAUAACAACAAUAACAACAACAACAGUGACCUGGCGCACAAUAAGAACAACAACAGCAACAAUAAUAAUGGUAACAGCAACAAUGGCAACGGACGCAGUCGCAUGACAUCGCGGGACUCGGACACCGAUGGCAGCAGUCUCAAGAGCGAGCAAUCGCACAGUUCGUUAGCAGCAGCAGCAGCAGCGGGCAACAAAAUGAUGGAUCUCAAUGGCAGCGUUAAGUUCGAUCCCGAUGCUGCUGUCACGGCACCAAUCUCGCCCAGCAAUUCGAUAUUGCACGAGAAGCUGGCGCAGAUCAAGGCCGAGCAGAGCGAUUGCAAUGCCAGCGAGGAUCAGUUAUAGACAACGUGGCAGCAACAACAACAGCAACAACAACAGCAACAGGUGGCAGCCACAUUCGCUUGGCCACCGCUUGCCACACACUACUACAGUUUCUAAACGAGAAAGAAAGAGAGAGAGUUCGUGUAUUGUACAGGCAAAUGGUUCCACAAAUGGGAAUCAACACAAGCAGCAGAGUAAGAGAAAAGCAAACCAAAUGCAAAACAAAACAAAACAAAAAAAAGAAAACAUUAAACAUAAAUAAGAAAAGAACUUUAAGUACGAUUAAAAGAUAUACAACAAAAAAUACAUAGGCAAGGCAAGAGCGUCAGGUUCUUAUUGUUAGUUAAGACAUUACACAACACAACACACACACACACACCGUACAUAGCUAAGUAUAUAGUACACACACACACACAUAUACAGGACAACAACAACAAGCAAACAUGCAUAGAUACAUUUGUGUAUCUGUGCGUAUUUAUUGUUUAGUUUUUUGACAAUCGACAAAUAGGCAUUCUCUUGUACAAACUUUCUAAAACAAAACAAAAAAAAACAAAAACAAAAUAAAAAGAAUACAACAAAACUUUAAUCAACAACAUCAAGUAAAUACAUAAUUUUAUAAGACCAAACAACAACUAAAAAAAAUCAAAAACAAAAUAUACAAAUUAUUUUAGUUGCGUUUUCUCUUAUGUUAAGUAACCAACAACAACAAAAAGCAAACUACAAAAAAAAAACAAAGCAUAUAUAUUUUUUUCGAACGUAAAAACAGCAAUAAAAGAAAAUAUGAUGAACAACAACAACAACAAGCAAAGCAGUUACAAGCAAAGGAAUAGCCAAAACUAUGCAGCGCCUGCUAGCGAAAAUUCUCAACUCAAAAAAAUACCUAAACAAAAAACAUUCCAAUAUUUUGAAAACUUGACUUAGAAAACUUGAAAUGUGAUUCGCAAGCGCAUAGAGUUAGCAGACGCCAGAGACAUAGAAACUGACAAAAAACCCAACAACAACAGCAAUAACUACAGCAAAAGACCAUAGCUAGGAACAACAAUAACAACAACAACAACAAUAACAAACAACAACAACAACAUCUACAAUAUCCGAUCAAUAAUAGCCAACAAACAAUAAUAACAAUAAAAAACAAACUACAACACAACAAACACUACAAAAACCGGAAAUAGCAAAGCAAAAUUCAAAAACUACAAAACAACUACAAACAAAAAUUCAAAACAAAAUAUUAUUUUCCAAUUUCAUACAAGUAACAAAAACAAAUUGUUGAACAUAUUAUUUGCAUUAAUUUCGUAGAAACAAAAAAGAAAUAAAAGAUGAUGGAGAAACUUACAACCCAGAAACCUUAAAGAAAAACAAGCAUACAAAAAACGGAAAUCAAUAAACAAAGCUGCCUUCACAUUUACAAAUUAAAUAAAUGAAUAAGAGGAAUGAAUGAAACGUUAGGAAAAAGCACACAAAAUAAAUAAUAACAACUCAAAAGAAAUAUACGCAAAACCAAAAAAAACAAAAUGCUUAGAAAUUCACAAUCAAAACUAAAACCACCAAAAAUGAAAAAAAAAACAAAACAAAACCGAACCCAGCAAAACCCAUCAAAAACAAACUCCCAUUUGAUUUAAUUUUUCAAAUCAAAAUUAAUACAAAAAUUAACAAACAAAAAACACAAAAAAAAUAAAUAUAUAUAUAUAGAAAGAAAGAAAAACAAAACAAGAAAUCCCAAUAUAUUAUUAUAUAAAUUUGAAUGUUUCGGUGUUUACAUAAAUCAAAAAUAUAAAAUAAAAUACAUGUUUAGGCAUUUAAUGGAACUAAGUGAAAAUUAAAUAUUUGGCUAUCAAAUUCAAAAUAUUUAAUAAGAAACAAAAAACUCUAUAUAUAUGUAUAUUUAUGUAUGUGUGUGUCUUGAUCAUUACGCGUAUACCUCAAAUAAAACACAUGAUCAUUUUGAGCAAAAACUAUAUAUAUAUUUAAAUGUACUUAUAUACACUUAUACACUCUACUUACACUCUACAACAAAGAAUGUUUAACAUAUUUACACAGCAUUAAUGUACUCUCGUAUAACCUCCUCCUUAUAGUACACACACAUACUACACACCUUUUGGCCAACACACACACACACACACACAUACACUUCUCCCUUUACACACCCCCUUUCGAGGUCUCUAAUGAUAUUGGGCAAUGUUUCAGAAAACAAAAACAAAUGAAAAACACUUUCGAUGGGUUACUAAAUGUAUGCGUAAAUAAACAAAAAGAUAAAAAAAAAUCUAUAUAAAUGUACCUAAAAAAAAACAAACAUAUUUUGUGUGCUAGCUAGUAAGUGUCAAAAAGAGAAGAGAAGAAAAAUAAUAAAUUAUAUAUACAAUACUAAAUGUAUUUUAAAAGUCGGUAAAGUCGGUAAAAUAUGCGUAUGUCAAAAUGUUUAGUGAAUUGUAAUUGUAAUUGAAAGUAUAUAUAUAAACAACUAUAUAUUCAGCAAGACAGAAAAUCAUUUAAAAGCAUUUACAAAACAACCAAAAAAACAAAAACAAAAAACAUAUUUAUAAUUUAUGCAUAGAAAGUUAAAAAACAAAAAACGUAUUUAUUGGCUAACCUUUAAAAAGCAAAUUCAAUGUGCAUAAAUGUUGUGGUUUAGUAACAAAAUAUAUCAAAUCCAAAAUUACAUUAUACUUAACAAAACAAAAAAAAAGACAAUGGACAUUUGGUGUAUCAAGCAUUCGAUAAAAGAAAAUUGUAAAAUUUAGUAAAUUAUUUUGCAAAAUGUGUGCGUAUCAAAAAUGAAAUGUUUAUUAUACGAAAUGGAAAUGGAAAACAUAAUGGAUGAAAGGAUAUCGAAAAAAAAAGUAUUUAUUGCUAAUUAAUUUAUAUUUGAAGUAUACAUAAAUAUUUAUUAUACAUACAUAUAUACAUACAUAUAUAUUAGACACACUAUCUGUGAUUAAUAAUCCAAAAUUUUGAAGAAACUUUUUCUGACUAAUGUUGGUUAGGCAUACAUUAAAAACAACAACAAAAACAAAACAAAAAACUCAAUCUAAACAAAGAAAGCAAAACAAAUUAAUAAUGAAAACUUACUAUAAUAAUGCAAUAAUUAAUAAACUAUAAAGAUCGGAUACAAAUAAUUAACAACAAAUAACUAAAGCAGAGCACAAGCAAAACAAAAUGAAAAUAAGUAAAAAAGUCUUAACUGUACCCACAAGUUGGUAAGAUGCAUAUAAUUAUGGCAAAGAGUACUCGUAUUCAAAAUGGUUAAAAUAAUAGAUACAAGACAACAACAACAACCACAACAACAAUAAGAGAAUUAAUAAAAACAACAACAACAACUACAGCACAUCACUAAAGACAAAACAGUUCAGAGUUCAGAGCAUACAUACUUAUAUAGUUGUACAUAUAUUUUGGAAAAUUUUUUACUCAAAACCAUACAGGAAAACAGCAAAAAAAACCAGUCAAAAAAAUAAUGAAAAAAGAGAAAAACUAAAUUAAAAUGAGAUGAACAUUUUAUAAAACUAAAUUAUACAAAGUAAAGUAAACAAAAUUAUGACAACAAGAAAAGAUAUAUGCAAUUUUGUUCAUAAGAAAUGUAAAAAGAUAAACAUGAAAUCAAACUAAGCGAAAAAGAAAAGAAAAAGUAAUGAAAUAAUGACAUAAAAAUAAAGUGCAAUUAUACGGUUUAUAUUAAGAAAGCAAACGUUAAAGAAUAUACGAAAUUUAGCAAAUAUUUCGAUGAAUGUUCGGUUCAAUUUCGAGGCAACCAAAAAACCAAACAAAAAUCAUUUCAAUUGUUUAUAAAAAGAUAAAAAAAAAAAACAUCUAUCCAAAAAAACACCAGACCAACAGACAUGCCAGCCUAGCCUAAUCUAAACUAGGCACUUUGCUUUGUGCCUUGUGUCUGAGUUGAGAUCAGAAGACAAGCAACAAAUGCAAUGUACCCAUCAAACACACACACACACAGACAUACAUAAACAGGAAAUGGCAUUCUUAGAUACAAAACAAAUAACAAAAUAUGUAAAAAGAAAAGGGCGUAAGAUAUUGACAGAGAGAUCGUCAACCUAGUGAUAGGUUUUGAAGUCGAGUGUAAUGAGUAACAGCUUGAGAAUGUUGAAUUGUAUAGAAUUUUUGCACACUCACCUAGUCUGGUCGCUGACCCCAAAAAGUAGGCAACAAAAAGUGCGACUUCAGAUGCAUUUGGUGAGCGUGCAAAAACGCUCAGGUACGUGUUUUAUUUUUCGGAGAGAAAAAAGAUUGAUUACCCAUACAUUACUUAUUCUUUGUUCACUACAAAUUAAUAGUUAAUAAUUGUACAAUAUACAAAUUAAAUCGAUAAAUAUACAUACAUAUACUUAUAUAUAUAUACUAAUGUUUAUGUAAUUGUUUAUGAACGGCAAAGAAAAACAGAAAACAGAAAAUGAAAGAGAGAACAACGGUUUUUUUAGCAUGCUUAAUGAAUUGCUCACCUUUGUGUAUAAAAUAUAAUUUGUUCAACACAUGAAUCAAAAUUUGCUGAAUAUAAGUGCAUAUACUUAGAAUUUAUAUUCUCCAUAUAAUAUUAUUUAUAAAACAUAAAUUAGUGCAUAUUAUUACAAUUAUUAUGAUUAUUAUUACAAUUCUAAUUAUAACAAACAAAAACAAAAGAGAAGAACAUAUUCUAAUUCUAUUAUGUACGCGCAGUCUACGCAAAAUAGGCAAAUCAAAAUUUUACUUAUUAUUAUUAACUAUCAUUUAGAAACAUAUAUGUAUGAAUACAUAUGUAUGUAUAUGUAUAUUAUAGCCGAGUGUAGCAGACUGGCGUGUUGCCACUGUUGUUAGCCUUGAUUUGUGUUUUGUAUAUAUUAGACCACAUUAUUAAGAUUAUUUCAUUAAUACAAUUUUUUAUGAUAUGUAACUAUAUUAUGAAAAAUGAAAAAAAAAAAAAACGGGCAACACAUUUGACUUAUAGUGCAAUUGUUUCAAACAAACAACAACAAAUAUUAAUAAUACACGUAUAUUAAAAUGAUAACAACCAACAACAACAACAACUGAUAUACUACUUUGCAAUGCCAAGAAGUAUGUUUACAUAUAUACAUUUAUAUAUACAUAUAUGUUAACAACAACAACAAUACAACAACAUUAUUAUUUAACCAAGAAAGCUCUUCAAUUGAAAAUCAAAAAUCAUUAUAAGUGCACAUAACAUUUUAUAGACAUUUAAUUACAAGCAACACACAUAAAAACAAAGUCAGUAAAAAUAAUUUUGCUAAAAUCAAACGAAUCAAACAUGAACCAAACAUCACACACAGAAAAUGAUUUAUAUUGUUAUUUUUUAAAUCAGUUAUAGAAACGAGAAACCAUUCAAAGUUGAAAACUAACUUACCCAAAAAAAAACAAAUGAUUAAGUUGUGCCAACAAACAAAUUCAUUAUUUUUAUGUUUAACUUGAGCGAUAAAUGCAAAGAACACAAGCAAAACACCAACAACAACUACAAGAAACAAUAGCCCAGCAAAGACAACCAACAACAAACAUCAGCAAACAAGAUCGAAACGUACACCAAACAACAAUAGCCCAAACAUAAUUGAACUAAAAAUUGAUAAUAGAAACAUUCUCUAAUGAAAGAUCUACAACUAAUCUUCAAGUUGUACAUUAAAAUGAAAGACAACAACAACAACAAUGAACAUCAAAACACAAAGCCUGACGUCGAUUGUACUUUUCUUUUUUCUACAAGCAAUUACAGCAAAACAAUUUUAUUAAACAAUAGUACUACUCUUACUACAAACUAAAAUAGCAACAGUAAUAGAAAUAGCAAUAGCCACAAAACAAUUAACUUUAAACCACAACAACAACAACUCCCAAUACACACACACACACACACAAACAAACAAGAACUAAUAACUGAUUUUUCAAGCAGACUUAAAUUCAUAGCAAUAACCAAUACAAUAGCCACAUAUAUAAUUAACAAUUAUAGCCAAGCAUACAAUAGACCGCAAAAGCAAAACGAAAAACCAAGCAGAAAAAAGAAGCAGAACAUGAGAUCGAGAAGAGUGCUUUGCAUUGCGUAUACGCAUUACGUAUACGAUGCAUUCGUAAACAAUUUGUCAUAAGUAAAAAAUGAAAACAAUUUUUAUUUCAAUUAUCGACUCAAUCAACAAACACUACAUAAUUACAAUUAAAAUACAGAAGAAAAAAAACAAUAAAACAAUAGCCCUAGUAACAAUAUUAAUCGUAUUAACCAAUUAAAAAAAAAAAAGCAAAACAACAAUAGUAGUUCUAA